CCUCCGGGCCCUGCUGGUCCGAGCCGCGGUGCCGCGGGUGUUUUUGGCUCGGAACGGGAUUUGCAGCCCCCGCUGACCGWUCCGUGCCUCUUUCCCACAGCCGAGGUGGUUCGGUGCCUCAACAGCGCGCUCCAGGUGGGCUGCGGAGCCUUCGCCUGCCUGGAGAACUCCACGUGCGACACGGACGGGAUGUACGAGAUCUGCAAAUCCUUCCUGUACAGCGCAGCCAAGUUCGACACGCAGGGCAAAGCCUUCGUGAAGGAGAGCCUGAAGUGCAUCGCCAACGGGGUGACGUCCAAGGUGUUCCUGACCAUCCGCCGCUGCUCCACCUUCCAGAGGAUGAUCUCGGACGUGCAGGACGAGUGCUACACCAAACUGGAGCUGUGCGCCAUCGCCCGCCGCAACCCCGAGGCCAUCACCGAGGUGGUGCAGCUCCCCGGACAGUUCUCCAACCGAUAUUACAACAAACUGGUGCGGAGCCUGCUGGAGUGCGACGAGGCCACGGUGAGCACCAUCAAGACCAUCCUGAUGGCCAAACUGGGUCCCAACAUGGCCAACGUGUUCCAGCUCCUGCAGAGCGACCACUGUGCCCAGGGCCACCCCCGCUCCGAUUUCCUGCGCCGGAGGAUGGCGGAGCCGCAGAAACUGAAAUUGCUGCUGAGAAAUCUGCGAGGUGAGRGCUCGGCGCCGCCUCACGCCAAACGCGCCUGAGGAGGAUGAGGAGCCGCGGGCUCGGCUCCACGAGGGCGAGCUGAGGUGGCCCGGCGGCGUUUGGAGCUCUCGGGAGUCACAUCGAGCUCAUCGCGGUUCCUUUAGUUCAGUUCUUCCAUGAUUUUUGUCGCUCUCGGAUGGAAGUUCCGCGCCCGCUGGCGUGGCGGUUUCCCUGCAGGUCGAGCGGCUUCGGAUUUGCUCUUCCCCCGCGAAAAACGCAGAGUUGUGCCC